UAUAAAAUAAUCAUUGACACGGUGAUUUGGCCCCGAUCAUUAACAAAAUAAAUUAACAAAAACAACCGGUCCAACGCACCACACCGGCGCGGCGAGCGGAGACGUGUCCCGAUCCAACUCACGAAUCGAGGAGCACACAGCAAAAAUUCCGAUCCAACUCCGGAAGCCCGGUCCGCCCUAGCACGAGACCACCCGCGAUCCCCUUCCCCCUCCCCAAUCCUCCUCAGAUCUCCGGCGAGCCGAUCGAAUCGGCGGCGGCGCGAUGUCGGGGCAGACGCAGCGCCUGAACGUGGUGCCGACGGUGACGAUGCUGGGGGUCAUGAAGGCCCGGCUCGUCGGCGCCACCCGCGGCCACGCGCUGCUCAAGAAGAAGUCGGAUGCGCUCACCGUCCAGUUCCGCGCCAUCCUCAAGAAGAUCGUCGCCGCCAAGGAGUCGAUGGGGGAGGCCAUGAGGGCGUCCUCCUUCUCCCUCGCCGAGGCCAAGUACGUCGCCGGCGACGGCGUCCGCCACGUGGUCCUCCAGUCCGUCCGCUCCGCCUCCCUCCGCGUCCGCUCCCAUCAGGAGAACGUCGCGGGUGUCAAGCUCCCCAAGUUCACCCACUUCGUCGACCCCGCCGCCGGCUCCGCGGGGCCGUCCAACGCGUCCCCGAACCUCACCGGCCUCGCCCGCGGUGGGCAGCAGGUCUCGGCCUGCCGCGCCGCGCACGUCAAGGCCAUCGAGGUGCUCGUCGAGCUCGCCUCGCUGCAGACAUCCUUCCUGACCCUCGAUGAGGCCAUCAAGACCACCAACCGCCGUGUCAACGCGCUGGAGAACGUCGUGAAGCCGAGGCUGGAGAACACCAUCAGCUACAUCAAGGGGGAGCUGGACGAGCUCGAGCGCGAGGACUUCUUCAGGCUAAAGAAGAUCCAGGGUUACAAGAAGAGGGAGAUCGAGAGGCAGAUGGCUGCAGCCAAGCAAUUCGCAGAGGAGCAGCUUGCGGAAGAGGUUGCGCUCAACAGAGGCAUCUCAGUGGGGGCCGCAACCAACAUGCUCGUCGCUGGUGGAGAGAGGGACGAAGAUAUCAUCUUCUGAUCAUCUUCAGUCAUACAAUUAUUCAAUCGAUAGGGAUGUCUGGUGUUUGAUAGAGGGCAAAACAUGCGAGAUGGUAUCACCAACGCCAAGGAGAUUAAUAUUAGUUUUAUUUUGCAUAAAGAUCAUGAGUUCUGUUGUCAGAACUCAUAAAUGUAAUGCGUGGGUAUCUGGGUUAAAACUGCAAGCUGAUCCUUGAACUCGGAACUUCUGAAGGCCAGCUGAAUUUUGAGUUGGACUUGUUAGUUUGCAUGAACCAGAAGUUUGCUGGACAUGGGUCUUGUAUUAUGAGUUGUUGAGGUGUAUUUCCUUUACAAAGCAAACUAACAGCAGAGCCAUUGGACCUGUCUAAAAUUUUAAGGCAGCUCAAAUUAAUCAAAAACCGAGACCAUUUUGCCAUAGCCACUGAUGAUGUUGAAGAGUAAGACCAAUGCCAGUCUAGUUUAGAUUAUCAUUUAAUCUUGACUAAUUGGAAUUUAGCAUAGAUGUAUGUAGUCCUUUUGCUUUUUGACAGACUAGUAUAUACACUUGCAUUGCAACAGGCCCAUACAAUCGAUGAUGAGAGCUGCAGACACGUAGAGAAAAGAAACUUUUUUUUUUAACAAACCACUUGAUUUUUUUUUCUGUUUCUGUGGAAGCGAUGGUUUUUGCGUGAUGUAGGGUGCUUUUAAGUAGUAGAGAUAUGUUACCUAUAUGGCUGAAAUUGUUUCUUAGUAAAUAUUUCUGACACCAGACCAACUUUAAUAAUGUGGACUACUAUAGCAUUCUCAUGUGGAAUCCGUAAAUUUGCUUGCCAAAAUUUUUCAC